AUGGCAGCAACCUUCACCAGUGUCGUCCUCGGCCAACCCGAGUUGGCCGCCAUCAUCUUUGGCUACCAGGCUGGUGUCUCCGAAGACGUGCGCCCAGCUUUCAUCGCCUGCAAGCAGCUCCUCGAGUUUGAUUCUAGCUCUAGCAUGUAUUGGCAAGACGAAUCCUUCCGCGAAACCUUUGCGCCGAACGCCGUUUGGUCCCAUGACCACGAAAUGUUCUUCUGUUACCAGUACGCGCUGCGCAGAAAUGAGAUCGACGCGCGUCUGCCAUUGCAUCUGGCCAUCACCGAAGGGUUCACGCAUUUAACCAAGCGCAUUCUUGGCUGCCGACCGGACCUCGCGUCGGAGGACGCCAUUAUUUUGGCUUUUCUGAACGACCACGUCGAGAUUGCUGAGGUUUUGCUGGACGCACGUGCGACAAAAGUACCAGAGCUCUAUCGGCGCGGCGUCAUCCAAAGCGACAAAACAGGAGAUUUGUCGCUGUUGAACUCUGCACACAUCGAGUACUAA